AGAUGCGAAAACAUCAGCGCGGGGUUUGUUUACUGCAACCCGCGGCUGGCUGCAUUUAUAAGUUCGCUUUUAUUUUCCGUUUUGUUUCGUGUCCACGUUUUUGUUCCACCAUUCUUCAUCUGUGUACACAGGUGUAGUUCGUAAGAUACGUGUUCAGUUCAAAUCAGUGCGUAGUACAACGUUUUAUCGCAAUACAACAAUGGAGCCUUCGGUCGAAGCCAAGCGGCUACUUCUGGCGGAAACGAUUGCCCGUGAUCCACCGGCAGCCGACCUGAGGUUGUCGUUGUUUGUAUCAGCCGCCCGGUCCUUCCGGUAUGAUUCCUGCCUUCAGCCGUUUCCGCCGAAAUUCAUCGUAAAUGGGGAGAAAAACAUAGACGAGCUGUGUCGAGUGAUCGAAUCGAUUCCACCGGUUGCUGAGCUGACUGCAGGUCUCGAAGGAGUCGAUGAAAGUACCGUUGGCCUGUUGUACUGGGUGCUGUGCCAGCAAGCUAACCCUCUGCUAAGGACGGUACCGAAGGGCAAGCACGACGAGGUGCUGGCCAAGUGUGUCUGCCAUGCCAAGUAUCUGCAACCCAGCCAUAUAUUUGAGGUGAUCCAUCGGGCGGAUCAGGGGAGUGAGCGAAAAUUUCGAGAGAAUGCGGUCGAUUUUCGAACACGCUAUGCAUAUCACGGUAGCCGACUGUUCAACUUCCACUCUAUCAUGCACUACGGACUGCAGCAGCAUCUCAAUAAAGUGUCCCUUUUCGGGGAGGGAAUCUAUCUUUCGGCGGAGCUGUCGGUGAGCCAAAUGUUCUCACCGAAUGGAGCCGGCUGGAACCGGUCUAUACUCGGAACACAUUUGGCCUGUCUUGCACUCUGCGAAUACGUGGAAAACCCGAAUUAUGUAAAAUGUCAAGAAGAAACAUCUCCUCCUACUGCUGACACAUUGCCGACAACGACGGAAUCAAGCACAACUUCCGACGGACCCUCGAUAAUGACCGCUUCGUUAACGGGCAACAACAACAUCCCGGAGCGUUAUAUAUUAAUCAAAAAUAACGACUUGGUCCAGGUUCGCUACCUUCUUCUUUACGGUACCACCAAAGAUUCCAACACUGCCCUCAACGUGCUACAGUCCGGCGCGCCGGAUCCAGUGUAUAUCCCAGCACAGCCUUCCUACCGUCUCCACCGACCACCGAGCCGGUUCGUGAAGUGGGUUGCUGAAAACAAGGGCUUCGUACUGAUCGGGGGCUACGUGGGACUUCUGCUUAUCGUCGGUUUCGUCAACAGCCGCAAUGCGCACUAUGUAAAGGAAAUGUUCUGGCAAAAGCUGAACGAUGUAUACAACUCUGUACUAGGUUAUCGUCCAAAUGGUGAAAAGUAGUUUUAAUUCUGGUUGGGUGUUCUUAGUCUUACCAGUCCAGUGUUUGCCUUUACCCGGUGAGCUAACCCUCUAUUUUAUUGUAGCUUGCGGUUAGUGCGUUCUAUUGGGUAUUCCAUCUGUGUUAGUUCUUUUUUUUUGCUUUGUAUGUGUUCGGGUGAGAUUUUAAGGAGUUUGCAUGCAUAAGAUUUCCUCGUGGGAUAAGUGGGAAGUUGAAAUAUAAUUCUAAUAAAUAGACCAGGAAUGGUGGAAAA